AUGCUGGCUACUUGUCUGAUCCGCAUAAAGCUCGAUCGCAAACCGGUUAUGUUUUCACAUACGGUGGAACCGCGAUCUCUGGCGUUCCCAAAAACAAACAUUGGUUGCAACGUCUUCAAAUUAUGCGGAAAUCAUUGCUCUCAUGAAGCAUGCAGAGAGUGUGUAUGGUUGAGAUCUUUGAUCCAACAUAUACAAGAAGCCAGCGGAGUAUCUACAAAGAAAGAGCCAACAACCAUAUACGAAGACAAUUCUGCAUGUGUCACUCAACUCAAAGAAGGCUACAUCAAGAGCGACAGGACAAAACACAUCCCUCCAAGAUUUUUCUCCUACACUCAAGAACUCGAGAAGAAUCAAGAAGUGGAUAUUCAGUAUGUUCGCUCAAGUGACAAUGCAGCUGAUCUCUUCACAAAGGCGCUUCCUACAACAGUGUUCAAGAAGCAUGUUCAAGUAUUGGAAUGCGUCGUCUACAAGAUUUGUGAAGAGAAGACUAUAUCUAUUUUCAGGGGGAGUUUGUGUUGCGGUACUCUUUUUCCUUUUCAUGGUUUUUAUCCCAUUGGGUUUUUCCAUGUUAAGGUUUUAAAGAGGCCGUACGCAACUUCAUAA